AUGAGCCCAAUUAAGACAACUACGCAAUCAUCGUUUCAAGCACGUUCUACUUCUGAAGAAUCUUACUGUUCACCAUGGGAUCUUAAAUUACAAGAAGAAAAAUUAAAAUUACUUAAUGACCAACAUCAAAUAUCACUAUCGAAGCCUAGUGCACCAUUAAUGGAUGAUGUACUUCAAUCAUCAAAUAUAAACAAUCAAUCAGCAUGUUCAACAUUCAAUCGUAAUCAUGCAAAUAUGUUAUUUCAUCCAACGUGUUCAGUACGUCAAUCAUCAUCAAUAACAACAAGAAAAUCUCUGAUACAUCUCGACCUAUUACCACCUGAACUUCCACCGUUACCACCAGGUGGUUUAGUACCACCGUGUCCAUCGAGUACUAACAAUAAUACUCAUAAUGAAAAUUCGAUUAUAGACAAUCUUGAUCUGCCAUCAAAAAGCAUCAUUCAUGGUCUCAAUCAACAUAAAAUUUGUUCCGGUACAGAUACUUCACGUAGUUUUUUAUUUGCUAUAACAUCACCAUGUAGUAAACGUAGUAAAAAAGUGGACACAACAACAGCAACAACAACAACUAAAGAUGACAAUCCACCAACAUUAUUUGCAGCAGCUUUACUCCGUUUUAAACAUUUAAGUUCAUCAGUUCAGAAUAAUUCUCUAUAUAAAAUAGAGACAGCUUAUGAACAGCCGUGGGAAAAAUUGCAAACAUCUUUUAUUAAUAAUCUUUCAUCGUCAACUAAUCGUAAUGGGGGUUCAUUGCAGAAAAUACCUUUUACAGAACAAAAACAUCAACGGUGUUCAUAUGCAGAUGAUACAAAAAUAAUUCCAAUUGAUCGUUAUUUUUGGUAUCAUCAUACAAUGUCUCGGCGACAAGCAGAAAAUGUUUUAGAAUUUCGUCCUCACGGUAGUUUUCUCGUACGUCAAAGUGAAAGUGGAAAUCAAAAUGAUUAUUCACUUUCUAUUAAAACAAUGCAGGGUUGUAUGCAUAUGCGUAUCUGCUAUUCAGCAGGCUUCUAUAUACUUGGUGAAUGCUCACGACCAUUUUCAAGUGUAUCAAGUAUGAUUAAAUAUUUCAGUCAAGUAUCUGUACCUAUUCGUGGCGCAACACAUAUUAAAUUAGGUACACCGGUAUUACGAUGGGAGAUACUAUCAACAUCGUCAUGGUCGAAUGAAGAACUUUUGUAA